AUGGCUGUCCCGAUACCUGGUGUGGGAGGUCUGGAGGAGGAGGCGCUGCGGCAGAAAGAGCGACUCCAGGAGCUUAGAAAAAAGACUGGGUGCAAGAAUAAGGAAGAUGAGGAACAAAAAAGUAAACACUUCAAAGAAGAGGAAGAAGGAGGCGAGAAACACAGAGAACUCGAAUUGGGGAACUAUGUAUCUGAAGAUGAGGAGCUGAGGAAGGUGCCUCAGGCCAAACCAGCUCAGCUGGAAGCAGCAAAGCCAGAGCCCAUUAUUGAGGAAGUGGAUUUGGCCAACUUUGCCCCCAGAAAGCCUGAUUGGGACUUAAAGAGAGACGUGGCUAAGAAACUGGAAAAGCUAGAGAAGAGAACCACUGCUGAGUUAAUCCGGGAAAGACUUAGAGACCAAGAAGAUGACCUAGAAUCUGCAAAGCCAGAAGAGAGUGAUUCAGAUUAA